GCGGCGAGCAUACCACGCGGCAGGCCUGGUUAGCAAUCUCAACCCCCAAAAAGGAGAGAUCGAUGGCGGCUGGAGGCGGGGGAGGCGAGGUGCUGACGCCUCGUGAGUUGGCGAUGGAAGAGAUGGAUCCGCAGCCUGGCGUUUUCUCCGAAGCAGAGAUCCUGAGGAUGGAGAUUGCGUCCCUGGUGAACUUGCUCAGGGAGAAGCAGUCUGAUGUUCUUUCGCUCGAUCCUGAGACCGUGAGGAAAAUCACGUCCCUGAGGAGCGAGAUCGCGUGCCAGAAGUUGGAAAGGGAGGUUCCGGAGGUCAAACGCACAGUGCCGCGGAGGCGUAAAAAGUUCUCUGCAGUGCCGAGGGUCGGGCAGAAGAAGGAGAUCAUGGCCGAUCAGGAGAGCAUGGAUCUGUCCAACUCCAACACGCAGAGUGUGAGCUCCCAAGUCAGUUGCAUCUCCGAGCAGAUGCCCGAGCGCUGCGAACAGAAGGAGAUCGACUCGGAGAAAAUCAAACCAGCCUCCAGAUUCGAAUCCAACUUGGAGCAUGUAUAUUUGCCCUACGGUGGCGAGGACGAGGGGGAGCGCAUAAACGGCCAAUUCAGUUGUAUAUUGGAGCAGGCGGAGGCCUUGUGCGACGAGAUGGCAUCUAUGGCAUCUAUUCUGGGCAAAAUCAGUAUCCCCCUCAUCUCCUAUUACGAUGUCUCCAAUCUGUUUCACAUGGCGUAUAGAUUUUUGAAGAUCUCCAAGAGUAUAUACGAUUAUACCUGCAAUGCUGAUAAACAGAUGGCUGACCAAUGUGCUGAGGACCAGAGGACCAAGGAGUAUGUGGAGAUGACUGAUCAGGUGGACAAAGGCAAAUCCAGCACCCACUGUCUUAACCAGAGUAGCAAGGAAGAGGUGGAUGAAUCUGUAACAGAUUUGACAAUGGACCUUUGUAAAUCAAACAUGGAGACGCACCAGAAGGCUGCUGAUAGCCAGAUGACAGAUGACAAAGAUGAACAUUUUGUGGCAGCAGAUCUCAUAUCUGGUCUUUCCAACCAGAUGACUGUCCACUGUUAUGAGAACCAGAGUACUGUGGGGUACCUGGAGAUGAUUGAUCUCACGGUGGGCAAAGGCCAAUCAAGCACGGAGACGCAUGCGUUGAGGAUGAUGGACCAAGGAAAAUCAAGCAGUGAAGGCGAAUCAAGUAACGAAGGCAAAUCAAGCACGGAGACGCGUGCGUUGAGGAUGAUGGACCAAGGCAACUCAAGUAGUGAAGGCCAAUCAAGCACGGAGACGCGUGCGUUUAGGAUGAUGGACCAAGGAAAAUCAAGUAGUGAAGGCCAAUCAAGCACGGAGAUGCAAGGCCAAUCAAGUAACGAAAGCAAAUCAAGCACGGAGACGCAUGCCUCGAGGAUGAUGGACCAAGGCAAAAAAUCAAGCUUUAGGAUGGGCCUGGAUUGCGAUGAGAAUGGUAUGCCCAACUUGUGCAAAUAUUACGAGAUGCUCGAAUGUGAGGAUGCGGAGGAGGAAGAUGAGGAGAUGACUCCGGAGGGUGUAAGGAUGUAUAACAAAUUCCGUAAGGAGCUGUUAGAGAUGGAAGCUGGCUUACGCAAGGAGCGGGAGCAGGAUCAAAAGGACGCGCUGAGGUGGGAGCAGGAUCAAAUUGACACACCGAGCUGUUACACAAUGGACCCGAUCCCCUUCUCACUUCAGGACGAGGCAGAGGAGACGGAGGAGGCGGAGGAGACGGAAUUCACAAAAUCAGACACGGAAGAGAUGGAGAUGGCGGACAAGUUGUUUGCUUUAGGGCGUAAAGGCUGGGAAUCUGCAUGGGGAGACGACUGCGGUAACUUCGAAGACAGGACCGUAUUGAGUCCUAUGCACUUUACACAUUGCACGCCGGGACUGAUCCCGUACGCUGCUCGCACUGUGAGCACCUUGCAAAUCUACUCCGUGAAGAUUGUUGGAAGAGAUGGAAAGUUGAAGUUGCCACUCCAUGUUUAUGGGAUCGUCGCUGCCCGAGAUGCCGUGGACUACAACCGCAACAUUCUCUUCUCCCGGCGAAGGGAAAACUGCCAAAAACUAACUCCAGAGGAUCCUUUUUUGCGCUUGACUGGCCCGUCCCGUGCAAUUGUGGCUGUGGACGAUGUUGAUUUCGAAGUCCAACUGAAAGUAAAGGGCUCAUCAAGGUCUCGCGACAGAGCAUUGAUGAGUCAUCGCUUUACUUACGCCGGUGGUUACCAUGAAGGUUUACAUACCACGUUCUCCAGCAACAGCUUUUGCACAGUAGAAUUGAGCUAUGAGCGACUUACAGAGACAGUCCAGGCUACUAUCUUGAGUGCGCGUGUUGUUGAAGGGGCGCCUUGGCCUUUUGAAUAUGGCAGGCGGAUUAUGUGCUCCUUGCCACCACAGGAAGUUACGGACUCCCUAUCCAGGCAAGUUGUGUUGGUUGAUUCUCAUCGUUCUGAUGAUGGUGGAGAAAUGCCAAUGGGCUCGGAUGGUUACAUUGAUCUGUCAAGGCAUGUUGUUUCUGUAGAACUUGAAGAAAGCCUGCAGUUUGUCAUACAAGCCUACUCACAGUCUGGUGAUGCUAUUGCUAGACAAGGUAGUGUCAGGUUCAGGACCAAAUACUGCAACAUAAGUCGAGCGAUAUGUGAGAUUGGUGACUCUAAGGUGGAGAUAACUGUCGCUUGGUCCCAACUUGCUAAGCACAAGAGGGAUAUCCUCUUAGAAGGACAUGUUUGACGGCUCUUGUGCCGUGGAUGUUCUGGACUGCAGAAUUAUUUGUCUUUGAUUAGUAGUAUAAAUCUGUCAUGUACCUCUUGCCCAAUUUUAUCUGUUUAUGUCUUGCAUGCGGUUUGCAGAACUGCAGAAUUAUUUCUUUUUGAUUAGUUAAUCUGUCCAACUAUUUGUGAAUCGACUAAUGUUAUCGGACUAUUUGUGUCUACUAUCACUUACUCCCUCCCGUUCCUAAAUAUUAGAGAUUUCAAUAUAGGCGACAUACGGAUGUAUAUAGACAUAUUUUAGGGCAUACAUUCACUCAUUUUCCUUCGUACUAGUCCAUAUU